AUGGCAGCAGGGGCAGCCGCUGGAACCUGGGUGCUGAUCCUUAGUCUGUGGGGGGCAGUAGUUGAUGGUCAAAAUAUCACAGCCCGGAUCGGGAAGUCAUUGGUGCUGAAAUGUAAGGGGAUCCCCAGAAAACAGCCGCAGCAGCAGCCAGAAUGGAAACUGAACACAGGUCGGACAGAAGCCUGGAAGGUUCUGAAUCCCCAAGAAGGUUCCUGGGAUAAUGUAGCUCGCAUUCUCCCUAAUGGUUCCCUCUUCCUGCCAGCUGUUGGGAUACAAGAUGAAGGGACCUUCCAGUGUCGGGCAACAAGCCGGAGUGGGAAGGAGAUCAAGUCUAACUACCAAGUCCGAGUCUAUGAGACUCCCAAGAAGCCAACAAUCAUUGAUCCUGUAUCAGAACUCAAGGCUGGUGACCCCAACAAGGUGGGGACAUGUGUGUCCGAAGGGGGCUACCCUGAAGGCACUCUUAGCUGGCUCCUCGAUGGAAAACCCCUGAUACCUGAUGAAAAGGGAGUGUCUGUGAAGGAAGAAACUGUAAGACACCCAGAGACAGGUCUUUUCACUCUUCAGUCUGAGCUGUUGGUGACUCUAGAGGAAGGAGAAACUUUCCCUGGCUCCACGUUCUCCUGUAGCUUCAAUCCUGGCCUUCCCCGACGCCGUGUCCUUCACUCGGCCCCAAUCCAGCUCACCCAUGCCCUCCCCACUCCCAGAGCCUGUGCCCCUUGAAUUCCAUUGCUAAUGAAACCCGAAGGUAGGGCAGUAGGUCCUGGUGGUAUUGUGAACCUUACCUGUGAAGCCCCUGCCCCUCAAAUCCACUGGAUCAAGGAUGGCAUGCCACUGCCCGCACCCCCCAACCCUGUGCUGCUACUCAGUGAGGUAAGGCCUAAGGUCCAGGGAACCUAUACCUGUGUGGUGACCUAUCCCAGCCACAGGUCCCAGGAAAAUCAUGCUUAAUGGUUAGGGGUGAAGCUGUGCCCUAAGUUCUCCCCUUUCCCUACAGGCACUCAGGAAGAGCCAGGGCUGGGAACUCUAGCCCUAGGUCUGGGGGUUCUAGGAGGCCUGGGGGCAGCUGCCCUGCUCAUUGGGAUCAUCAUGUGCCAAAGGCGAAGGCGGCGCAAAGGUGAACAGAGGAAAGUGCCAGAAAACCAAGAGGAGGAGGAGGAACGUGCAGAGCUGAAUCAGUCAGGGGAGCCUGAAGCACCUGAGAACAGUGCAGCAGGGCCUUGAGGGCCCCCCAUCUGGACACCCAUUCCUCAGCAGCACCCUUUUCCCUUUCCUACACUGUUGUGACUCUUCAGCCAACUUUCCCCUAUAUAAUUUCUAUCCCACCUCUCCUUUUUGCUGCAACCAGAGCCUCCCACAAACGGCGAUGAGUAAACACCUGACAAAUCCA